AGAACAAUGAGAGGUUACGGUUUAUCUCACUCGCGCGAAAUCAUAAUUGCGUCCAGUGACUCGCACUCCUAAUCUAUGCACUGAUUUACCUGUUUAUCAGUUACAGGCUUUCAGUUUUGAUUUAUAUCCAGGUUAUAUCACACAUGACUUCCUUAAAGCUUCGAUACACGCAGUUAUGCUUGUGUACACUUUAUUCGUCGUUAUUCCUUUGUGGAUUGUUAACUCCGUCUUUUGUGAAUUCGCUAUCUCUUCCUUUUUCUAGUAAGCAGGAUGUAUACAAACUCCUUACUUUCCAUAUGGUAACCGAUGAGAUAGUUGUCUUUCUUAUGAUGCUACUGACUAUUUUCAUUUACACUAAGCUUGUAUUUGAUUCAUGGAGCAAAGUUGAGAUGGCAUUCUUUUAUUGGGUUGUGAACAUGACAUCACUUUUCGUCUUUUAUCUCCCUUAUUUAUUUCAGUUUAUAGGUGGGUUUAGUGUAUCUAUUCCUCAGGUCAAUGGUGGUUCUGCGUUUAUUUCGUCUGUACUCGUAGUUAUAAUUCAGUUGCGUCCAGAGCAACCGAUUAUCAACUGUAAAGCUUUUAGUAUGAAAUCUCAAUAUGGCCUUUUCUUGGUAUUACUUGUAUAUUGCUUUUUGAAGGUAGUGGGACUAAUCAGACUUUCAUCCUUUGUGUUAUUCUGUAAUGGAGUUAUAUGUAGCUGGUGUUACCUCCGAUUAUUUCAACGACAUCCUCAAGGAAGAAGAGGGGACUAUCGUUCUUCAUUCUCAUUUACCAGGCUGUUUCCUGAACCUAUCGAUAAAGCAAUCUCUUUUCCUAUCAAUAUAUGCUAUCAGCUUCUACUGAGAAGUAAAUUAUUCCCUUCACUAAGACGAAACAGCGAAGUUACCAUGGCAUCAUCAUUUGGACUUAUCUCGCAUGGAUUGAUAUCUCCUGACUCUGAGAGGCACCGACGCAUUGCUUUGAAGGCCUUAAAUGAACGCUUUAUGAAAAGUGAAGGUUCUGCUUCUGCAACAAGUGAACUCCCUGUAUGGCCAAACUUAGUGGGUUCUGAUGAAACACAGAAGUUGGAGAAAGGUGAACCGAAAGAGUCCAGCGUGGUCAUUCAGCUGCCAACCGAUGUGAAUCCACCCAAAUCUUCAUUUACAGACUCUUCGAGUGUUUGUAACCCAUCUACCACGGGAAUACUAAGCGAAUGACAAGGUGGUAUACAACUUGCAAGAUGUUAGUUUUGUAUUAUAGUUUGCAUUCCAAAUAUUUACACCAUUUGUCUCAUAACUCGUUGACAUUAAUCAUGCAUAUGUAUUAUGUUCAUCUGGUUAACAGAUGGCUUUUAGAAACUGUGGUACUUAUGACUCCAUUCUCGAGAAAAUUCCCAUAAGGACUUAUAAGAAAGUGAAAAAAUAGGUGUUUAAUCGAAUAGGUUGUUUUCGGCGAUUGUAUAGCUAAGUGAAUGGAUUCUUCGAAAAGGACUGCGCUGAACCAUUUACUUUUUCAUUUUGGAUUCAGUAUGAAUAUCUGCCAACCUUGUUUUCUAUUGUUCUGUUAAUGAAUAUUUACUUUAGUUUUGUGUAUUACUCAUUACUGUGCUGUGAACACAUUUUUAAUUUCUUUUAUUGUUUAUUUUAAUAUAAUAGUAUAAAUGGAUAGAUAGU